AUGGCGGGCCCGUUAACCCUGCAGCGGGCUUAUUUUGAAGGCGAGCGAGCGCUUUUGUCUGAAGCGCCUCUUUGGGCUGCCUCCCCGGCGGGAUGCCGCGGGGCGGCCGAGCGCCUCUUGGGCCGCCCGCCCCGGCGGGAUGCGGCGGGGCGGCCGAGCGGCUUUCUGCUCCGGCUCUCCUUUCCCUCUGGCUCCCGGGGGCCCGAGAAGCUCUGCCGCGGGGAGAAACCCUCCGGUCGCGCUCGGGGAGGCGCCCAGGGCUGCGCGCGGCCGCCUAGGGCGCCUAAUGUAACCAAAACAGUGGAAGAAGAAAAACCUGAGCCUCCAACCAUUCAGGAGAUUAAGCAGAAAAUUGAAAAGUACAAUGCAAAGGUUACAAACUGCCUGUUGAUGAAGCUGAACGAUGAUGGAACUUACACAGGCUUCAUUAAAGUGCAUUUGAAAUUGCGCCGUCCCGUGACGGUACCAGCUGGGAUCCGGCCCCAGUCCAUUUAUGAUGCCCUCAAAGAGGUGAACCUGGCUGACAUGACAGACAAGAGAACUUCCUUCUACUUGCCGCUAGAUGCCAUCAAGCAGCUCCAUAUUAGCAGUACAACCACGGUGAGCGAGGUGAUCCAGGGGCUCCUGAAGAAAUUCAUGGUGGUGGAUAAUCCUCAGAAGUUUGCACUUUUCAAGGAGAUGCGGAAAGAUGGGCAAGUUCUCUUCCAGAAGCUCCCUCUAACCGAGUAUCCCUUGUAUCUCCGGCUGCUGGCUGGCCCUGACACAGAUGUUCUCAGUUUUGUGCUGAAGGAAAAUGAAACAGGGGAAGUUGAGUGGGACGCAUUCUCCAUCCCAGAGCUACAGAACUUCUUAAUGAUACUGGACAAAGAAGAAAAGGACAAAAUCCAGCAAGUGCAAAGGAAGUAUGAGAAGUUUAAACAAAGACUGCAACAGACCUUGAAAGAAGCAGGAGGCAAGCCUGGAUAAUUGUUCAGGAGGCCCAGAGAAUCAGACUAAGCUAGAUCUUAUUUUUAAAAAGAAAAGACACUUCUCAGGACACCUUUUAGUGGCCACUCACUGUCCCUCUUCAUCCUUCCAUUAUGGACUGGCACAUACAACCAUAAAAUGAACAUACUGCAUUUUCUUCUUCUGAAACCUCUUCUCACAGAGCCAGUCAAAGAAUGGGAAGCCCAUUUGUGGGCCCUCAACAAACCAAACACAGCUGCUGGUUAACUUUUUGGUUUUACAUUGAACCAGCAGAUGAAGAAACAUCAUGGAAAAUGCUGAAUGUUAAACCCAAUAGGAACAUCUGCUGGCUAAUUGUUUUGAGCAGGGUCAACCUACUGUUCGCACUCCUCCCAGCAACUUGCUUUUCUUGUUCCAGAGGUGCUGCAGCUGCAUUGUGUGUCGAUGUGGCAGAGCUCUCAUUUCGUUAAGUAGAGCACAGGAAGCAGAUAAAGUGGAAGAGGUUGCUGCACCGAAUCGUGUGGGUGUUGCAGCUGUAACUGAUGCCAAACAGACUGUUGUUCAGUGCUAAGUUAACCAAUGAAACGUAAAGUCAUGAUGCCAAAGCAGCUGCAACACCACAAUGGUCUUUUAGUAUAUAUUAUUGAAAUUUAGUAAAGGAAAAGUCAGCUAUUUUCAUCCUAAUUAACUUUUAAUUAAAAAAAAAAGCUUCAAAGUCAAAUUAAAGCAAAUAUUCCUGAUGCUUAGCUUAGCUAGCCUGUAUUUUACCAGUUUUCUACUCUGUAGGAAUUGCGACCAGUAUUUUAAAAAAUUCUGUUUGACAAGCGUAAAGAUGAUGGUUGGGGCAUGGGACAAUGGUUUGGUGUAGCAUGGUUAGCAAUACAUAUCUAAGACCAAUCCAGGAAAGCUCAAAAACCCUUUUUUACAAAUCAAAUCGAUAUUGUGCUACGAACAGGUUGGGGAUUGAGGGAGAAGAGCUCCCACUGAGGCCAGGGUGUGGAUGUGUGGGUGUUUCCUGCACAGACUGCCCGCGCAGGAAAUGCUUAGCACCAGGAAGAGGGAGGGAACUAUUAGCCUCAGAUGCUUUCCUCCCACCGCAAUCUUAUACCAUGUUUCCUCUUGGUACCUCCCCUCGUUGUGGUGCUCUCCCACCAUUCCUGUUAUUAGCUCGCCUCUGCCUGUGCCACACUGCAUGUGUCCUGUUCGAUCAGUACUCUUUCUGCAUGUACAGGAAGGUUACCAGAUUGUGCUUUGUGCUUGGAGCUAGGGCAGGAGAAUAAGAAGCCACCCUCCCUCGCACAGUGCUCCCACUGUUGCUAGACACAUGCACCUCUCAGCCUUCACAGAGAUUGUCUGGCUGGAGCUGGAGUGUUGCUCACUGCCCUAGCUGCCGCCGGAGACCCCGAGCUCAGUGCCUCCACGCUGUCACCGCUGGAGAGCAAGGGAUGCUCCAGGGAUGCCAAGCUGAGAUGAUUUCCCCAGGUUUACUCAUAGUGCUUUGUACUGAGUACACUGCACACAGCCAGUUUCAGUCUUCCCUCUGUUUACACAAGACACAGCAACAACACAUAACAGGAAAAUGGAAAGUUAAAACUAGGCACAUUCAGAUGGAGCCUGUGAAAUGGUUUUAUAUUGACUUAGUGAACCAAGCGUCCCUUUGAACUUGCUAUAGACACUGCCGUGAUUUCACCUGGGUGAAGAGGGGAGGGAGCAGGUUACUAGGCAAGACAGACAACUUGGAAGAGUCUAAAAUUUACCUCAGUGCCUUUUUCUUUUUUCCCUCAAGUGUGAAAAUUUUACAUUUGGGCUAAGGAGGAAGUUGGAAGGGGCUUUUGUCAAGAGGCCUUGUCAGCCCAUGCCUGUUCCCAAUAUCUAAAGUACUGUUGUGAUGAGGCUGCUUUUGUCCAUAGAGGGAAGAGGAACUGUUUGCUUCUUUCUUCAAGGUGACUGUUGAGAUUUUUCCCC